ACACACACAUGCACACGCACACACACACACACACACACACACACACACACACACACACACACACACACACACACACACCUAUAAAGGGACCAGAAAGUGUUGGUAUUUCCAUUCAUCUCUUUUCUUGUCCACCGGCAGCAGGCAGGAUGGCAGAGAAAAAGAUGUCGCAGAGUCGGAGGAAUCAUCUCAAGAGUUUGCUGCUGCACAUCGGCCAGGCGAUGCUGGAGGAGGAGGCUCAGGAGGCCGAGAGGGAGAAGAUGAAGUACAUGGAGGAGAACUGCCCCUGUCUGUCCAUCCCAGGCAGCAUGCAGGACCUCCAGGAUCUCUGCAGGAAACUUCACAAGCAGAUUGAUUUGGUGGACGAGGAGCGAUACGACAUGGAGAUCAAAGUGACCAAAUCCAACAAGGAGAUCGAUGACCUGAAGAUAAAGGUUCAGGAUCUGAAGGGGAAGUUCAAGAAGCCGGCUCUGAGGAGGGUACGGAUGUCGGCCGACGCCAUGCUGGCCGCCCUGCUGGGCUCCAAGCAUAAAGUGUCUUUGGACCUGAGAGCAAACCUGAAACAGGUCAAGAAGGAGGUGAAGGAGGAGGAGAAGCAGACGGGUGACUGGAGGAAGAAUGUGGAAGACAAGGCUGGGAUGGACGGCAGGAAGAAGAUGUUCGAGACAGAGGCUUAGAUGUCACUGUGUCUGUCUGCAUCAUUUAUUACUGUCUAUUAUGUGAGUCCACACUGUCGUCAGUCCGUAGAGAUGAUAAAAAGGAAUGAGUCAUGCUGCAUUUUUUGUGUUUAAUGUCAGUAACUGGAUGAAUAAACAAACAGAAUCAGAAUGGAAUGGAAUCAGUCCACACAGAUAAAUCAACAAUAACUUAUUAUCUGACUGCACGUGGUAACAAUAAGACAUAAGUACAAGAAUAGAGUAAAAUAACACUUCAAUGUAGGAAUCACCAUUUAAUAUUCAGUAUCUGCUUAGGAUGGAGGACAUGCAUGUCAGGAAAUGUACUGUCUGUUAAUUGUAAUUAUUUUAUGUUGCAAUAAAGUUUUUUGGGAGGAGGUUGGUCACAUGACA